AUGCCAUAUCAAAUAGAUUUGGCUAACGAAUAUUGUGUAAGUCAGAGCAGCAUUUCUGAAAUUCUAUUAAACAGAGAGAAGUGGCUUUCAAUAGAGUUUAUUACUAUCGAUGAUGAAGUACCAAUUGAACACCUUGAUAAUGACAAAAUUCUUGCGAUUGUGCAGGAAAAAGAAGGCGAUGAUGAAAAGCAGCUAAACCACAGCCCAAACGUUAUCAAUCCUACGUAUACUGAGGCCGAAGGUUUCUCAUUAUCAAAUAGAUAUAUUACGUCAAUCGCAGAUUGA